UGUUUCAUGUCCAGUGUGUGUGUGUGUAUAGACUGCAUCAGUGGUAUGCUAGACGUGCUGGUUUCAUUCACUGUUUACUGUAGUCUAAUUUUGUCGAAUAAAGCCAUGUUAUUGGUAUUCUAGUCGUUAUCAUUUCAUUACAAUUUAUUCGACAAAAUUAGACUACAGUAAACAGUGAAUGAAACCAGCACGUCUAGCAUACCACUGAUGCAGUCGCACGAUGAGAAUAUGCAAAGAUUUCUAGAUGCUUCUAGAAAGUAUGGGAUCACAUUUAAUGAAGACAAAGUUUGCCUAUUGGGAUACGAAAUUUCUAAAGGCCUACUCAAGCCAGACCCUGAAAGAUUCCAGGCGUUAAGAAACCUUCCUCCCCCUCAUGAUAUGCGCUCACAAAAACGGAUCGUGGGCAUGUUGGCGUACUACUCACAGUGGAUCCCAAAUUUUUCUAACAAAAUAAAUGUUUUGGCAAAUAACACGUCGUUCCCUCUUUCAGAAACAGUAAAGACAGCCCUUAACGAAUUAAAGCAGGAGCUGGAGAAAGCUGCCAUCUUUACCAUCGACUAUACUCGACCUCUGACGGUUGAAACAGACGCUUCGGAUGUUGCAGUAGCUGCCACCCUCAACCAGGAUGGCCGCCCCGUGGCGUUCUUUUCAAGAACACUCUCGAAAAGUGAAAGGCGGCACUCAGCUAUAGAAAAAGAAGCUUAUGCCAUUGUAGAAUCUUUAAGGAAAUGGCACCACUACUUAGUAGGAAAUCGCUUUACCCUUGUCACGGAUCAACGCUCUGUGGCAUUCAUGUAUGACAAACAGAGCAAAGGGAAAAUAAAGAAUGAGAAAAUUCAAAGGUGGAGACUGGAACUGAGCUGUUUCCACUACGAUGUCUUGUAUAGACCAGGCAAACACAAUGUAGCGGCAGAUACGUUUUCUAGAAACGGGUGUGUGUCAGCUAUGAGUCGAAAUGAAUUGAAACUGCUCCAUGACUCUCUGUGUCAUCCGGGAGUAACAAGACUAUGGCAUUUAGUGCGAGCGAAAAACUUACCUUUCUCUUGUGAAGAUGUUAGGCUGGUUGUCAACCAGUGCAGAAUCUGUGCCGAAGUAAAACCCAGAUAUUUCAGUAAUUCUAAUGGAACUCUAAUUAAGGCGAUGCAACCUUUCCAGAGACUAAGUAUGGACUUCAAAGGACCGCUCCCUUCUACAUCUCGGAACACAUACCUGCUAACUAUAGUUGACGAAUUUUCAAGAUUCCCGUUUGCAUACGCCUGUUCUGAUAUGUCGGCUUCUACAGUAAUCAGAUGUCUAGAUAAUUUAUUUGGACUAUUCGGAAUGCCUGACUAUGUACACUCUGAUAGAGGUACCUCAUUCAUGUCAAGAGAGGUGCAGGAAUUUUUACACGAGAGAGGGGUGGCCACAAGCAGGACGACCCCUUAUAAUCCCAGAGGAAACUCUCAAGUAGAAAGGCUAAACGGGUCAUUAUGGAAAGCUAUAACUCUGGCCUUAAAAACUCAAGGACUCCCGGUUUCCAAAUGGGAGCAGGCGUUAAACCAAGCCCUGCACUCUCUUCGUUCUCUGCUCUGUACCGCUACAAACGAGACACCUCACGAGAGAAUAUUCAAGUUCUAUCGCAGGUCCACCUUCGGCAAAUCACUCCCGACAUGGUUAGCUCAACCAGGAAAAGUGUUGUUAAAAAAGGGAGUCCGUGCAUCAAAAUAUGACGAUGGUACAAUAGCUGUGGACUUAAUCACAUGCAACCCACAGUAUGCCAUUGUAAGACUUCCUGAUGGAAGAGAAGAAACAGUGUCAUUACGACAUUUGGCCCCCGCUCCAAGAGAGGGAGAAUCAGAGGUGUAUCAACAUAUGGAACAUGAAGAUUUUGAGCCGGAGACAAACCCUAUCACACAGAUGCAGGUGCCUACUGACCAUGUGACUAUGGAACCAAUGGCUGCUCCUAACACUCAUGUACAACAAGGGGGAAAUGGACAUCAAGAAGAAGUAAAUGCAGGGGCUGAGUCUCCUGUUAGAGAGCCGCCGAUGUCACCAACUCCAAGCGACGGCAGUAUUGGUCCUGAUAGAUAUAACCUAAGACCAAGAACAAGCAGACCUAAUUAUAAGGUCUAA